AUGUCUUACAACGCGAACUCUUCGCGCCACGACAUGUCGGCUCCUGGCUUCGGCCAGUCCCACGAUCCGUUCGCCGACCUUUCGCGAAAUGCCGACGACAUCGACGAAGCGCUAGACUUCGAGGAUACGUAUGAUGGAUUAGGCGACCAGUUGGACGAGACAGACGACGCCUUCAAUGACGAUACUUUUGGUGGUAACUCUGUUGGAGUGUCACAUGCGCCAGUGGGCAAAGAUUUCGAUUUCUUCGGCCAAACUGCCAAAGUUGCGAAUGCUAUCGAGGAGGAGCACCUGCGCUUCAACCGUCAGCAACCAACUCCGAAGACGGCUCAAGCUUCUUCAACCCAGCACUACGGCCCGGGGUAUUCGUACCAGCCUGCACCUGCUCCUAAGCCGGCUAGAAGCGGCUACGAGAAGUACAAGGAGCCUGUACCGGUCUCAGACCUUCAAGUUGACGCUUCGAUAUGGGGAGUUCAGCCCAAACGAUCUGCUGGUCCAGCAAUGGUUCAGCCCCAACAGCAAAUUCAGCCUCAAGUCCAGCCCCAACCCCAGCAGACAGCGGCACCGACAGGCCGGAAGAUGAUGAGUCUAGAGGAGGUCGAAGCCGCAAUGCGAGCUCAGGCGAAGGUACCUGCUCAGGCACCUGCUCAACCUCAACAGGCGCACCCGCAGCAGCAGUCCACGCAUAUGGCUGUCUCUGAAACCCAGCUACAAUUCCAGCAUGGCCAUUAUUCUCGCCAGGAGUCAGGUGAUUAUCGUCAACAACAGCCGGACAAUCGUCAGCCUCAGGGUUUCUAUCCCACUGACAACCACCAAGGUGUUCAGGGUGUGAGCCAUGGGCACCCUAUCUCUAUCUUGCAACGUCCUUCCUCGAAGAACGCCCCUCCUGGAGCACCCGCUGUGCCUAGUCCUCUACCCCAGCAGUCCCAACCGUCUCCAAUGGCAUUCCCGACUCAGAUACUUCAGAAUCCCAACCGCCUACCCGGGGACGCUAAUAGAAUGAAUGUGCCGACGCACCCAACUCACCGAUCUCAGAAUUCGUUCGGCCGCCAGCCCCAGGUUAGCGUGAGCCAGCCUCACCUCUCGCAUUUGUCCGAACAGGAGAAGGCGACUUUCCUCGAGGCCGAGGUAAGACGAGCAAAGCGGAACCACAAGAUCCAUGUUCUGUCGAAGGAUAACGGCCUGAUGACACCUCAGGACAAAAGUUUCAUUACUAGGAUCCAACUUCAACAGCUCGUCUCGGCCACCGGUGAUCCCAGCGAGCACGGAACCGAUGCUGCCCUCACAGAGGAUUUCUAUUACCAAGUCUUGAGCUCCCUACGAGCUGGCCAGCGCCCAAACCCGAACCAGCCAUUGAACAAUUUUGCGCAGACGUACCUUUUCCAGACCGGCAAUCGCCAUGGUGGUAUGAGACGUCAAGGACGGGGUCCCGAAAAUCACAUGCAACGUAUGGAACAGCAGGUUCAACGUGCUGUCGAAGCUGCCAAGAAUAAGCCCAAGAAUAAGCAAUUGGUUAUUGAAGGCAGUUUGGGAAAGAUCUCGUUCAGCAACGCCAAGACCCCUAAGCCUCUCUUAAACAUCAAGCGUACCGACAGCGGUGCCGAUGCCAACCGACCUACCAGCAGCCAUCGUGCACACCCAACUGCAAAUGGUACCGACAAGAAGGAGACGUUGAAGAACGUCGAACAGGUCUAUCUGACUGUAAUGAAGAUGGAAGACGUGAACCGCAACAUGCCCCAGCCUGCUUCUAAUGGCAAUCCGGACCCGGACUUCGAGCGACGUGCCGAGCUACAGCAGCAGCUGCAGCAACUGAAUGAAGAACUUUGGAACGGGCUUAAGGUACACGAGCCUAUCGGUGGCACUUCGACUCAUCCCUUCAUCGCAUUCCUAACCUAUCCAAAGGGCAAGAAAGUUAUCAGCCGUGUGUUCACUUUCCUCACUCUUGAGCAGCAGACUACUAUUCUGACUCUUAUCGUUCUUCAUCUUGAUCAACUCGAUGUGGUCCGCGGUGCUGUGGUGCAAACCGGAGAACCUAUCAAUAUCAACGCUGCUACUCGUGAAAACAUCGAGCUGUUCAGUUCGUACGUCAUGCCAAGUCUUCUUCAUCUGCUAGGCAAUUCGGAACUUCACAUUGUUACUGGUGUGCUUGGUUUGAUGACUCAGAACUUGAACUUGGACAUCGUAUGUCGAACGCGCAUUGGUUGCUCGAUGUUGACCAUGAUACUCAGUCGUGCUGAGCUGGCCAAGCAAGCCGGGCAAGCUACUGAGCAGACAUGGCAGCAAUGGGUCUCCACUUUCAACCAAUUCUUUGACGCAUUGGAGCCCACGCUCCCCCACAUCUUCCCUGGAACUGUAGCGUCCGGAGAGGACAUUUACGUGUGGCAGUUCCUGGCAGCCAUUGGCAUAGGUGCUAGUCUGGAGGAACAGCAACGUCUCGUCCUUGCCGUCAAGGACCGCGUUAUGGAUACAUACAGCCUAUCUAAGACUUUACCCCCCGACAUGGCGAAGAUACGUCUGGACAACGUGAACCUGUUCAUGCGAUCUAUCGGUCUUGACGUCGAAUUGUUGGAGUAG